AUGUGUGCUGUGUACACAAAUCACUUUGUUUUUUUCUGUCUAGGUGAGCCACCCACGGGCUUCCGUGAAGUCCUGUUGAAAGAGGGUCCUGAGGGUUUUGCACGGGCAAUUCGGCAGCAUCAGGGUCUUCUACUGAUGGACACCACUUUCAGAGACGCCCACCAGUCUCUGCUGGCAACUCGCGUCAGGACACAUGACCUCAAGAAGAUUGCUCCCUUUGUGAGCCACAACUUCAAUAACCUCUUCAGCUUGGAGAACUGGGGAGGAGCUACAUUUGAUGUAGCAAUGCGUUUUCUGUGGGAGUGUCCGUGGAAGAGACUCCAGGAGCUCAGAGCUCUGAUUCCCAACGUCCCAUUUCAGAUGCUACUACGUGGAGCCAAUGCUGUGGGAUACACAAACUACCCUGAUAAUGCUGUGUUCAAAUUCUGUGAGGUAGCCAAAGAGAACGGAAUGGAUAUCUUCCGUGUUUUUGACUCCCUGAAUUAUAUUCCCAACAUGCUUUUGGGGAUGGAAGCUGCAGGGGCGGCGGGAGGUGUGGUGGAGGCAGCCAUUUCUUACACGGGAGACGUGUCUGACCCCAUGAGACAGAAAUACUCAUUGGAGUACUAUCUGAAGCUAGCCAAUGAGCUAGUUAAGGCUGGAACACACAUACUGGCUAUUAAGGACAUGGCUGGCCUGCUGAAGCCUGAAGCCAGCCGUUUAUUGAUUGGAGCAUUGCGGGACCGUUUCCCAGACAUUCCCAUCCACGUUCAUACUCACGAUACGGCAGGUGCAGGAGUCGCGGCAAUGUUAGCCUGUGCACAAGCAGGCGCAGAUAUAGUGGAUGUAGCAGUUGACUCAAUGGCUGGCAUGACCUCUCAACCGAGCAUGGGUGCCAUCGUAGCCUGCACCAGAGGAACCAAACUUGAUACUGGUGUUUCUCUGGACAGAGUGUUUGACUACAGCGAGUACUGGGAAGUGGCUCGUGGUCUGUACGCUCCCUUCGACUGCACCGCCACAAUGAAGUCUGGUAAUGCAGAUGUUUAUGAAAAUGAGAUCCCAGGGGGCCAGUACACCAACCUUCACUUCCAGGCCCACAGCAUGGGCCUCGGUAACAAGUUCAAAGAGGUGAAGAAAGCCUACGCUGAAGCCAACAAGCUGCUGGGAGACCUUAUCAAAGUGACCCCCUCGUCUAAGAUUGUGGGUGAUCUGGCUCAGUUUAUGGUGCAGAACUCUCUCUCUCUGGCUGAUGUGGAAGAGAGAGCAGACGAGCUCUCCUUCCCUCUGUCUGUUGUGGAGUUUCUGCAAGGACACAUUGGAAUACCACACGGAGGAUUCCCUGAGCCCUUCAGGUCAAAGGUUCUCAAGUCCUUGCCUAGAAUCGAAGGUCGUCCCGGGGCUUCACUUCCACCGAUGGACUUUGAGGCUCUUGAGUCUGGUCUACGAUCGGCAUAUGGUGAUGACAUCACCCCUGAAGAUGUGAUGUCAGCAGCCAUGUACCCCAAAGUUUUCCAGGAGUUUAAAGAGUUCACAUCAAACUUCGGCCCGGUGGACUGCCUUAACACUCGCCUGUUUCUGGACGGCCCCAAAAUCGCAGAGGAGUUUCAGGUUGAGUUAGAGAGAGGGAAAACGCUGCACAUCAAAGCCUUGGCCUUGGGUGACUUGAACAAGUCUGGUCAGAGAGAAGUGUUUUUUGAACUCAACGGCCAGCUGCGUUCAGUCUUGGUCAAGGAUACGGCAGCAAUGAAGGAGAUGCACUUUCACCCUAAAGCCUUGAAAGACGUGCGGGGACAGGUUGGAGCUCCCAUGCCCGGUAAAGUGGUGGAAGUAAAGGUGAAGCCAGGCCAGAAGGUGGAGAAAGGUCAGCCUCUCUGCGUACUCAGCGCCAUGAAAAUGGAGACCGUCGUCAACUCGCCAAUCUCAGGCAUAAUAUCCAAGGUGCAUGUCAAUCCCGACAGCAGCCUGGAAGGGGAUGACCUCAUCCUGGAAAUAACCGAAUAAAAUGUAAAAGCUACAGAGGUUAAAGGUUGCUUUUUUCUAGAAUUCAUUUUUUGACUGAUCUUUUAAUUUGGUGGAUUGGUGGUAUUGUGAUUGCUGAUGAUUCUAACGUGGUGUAAAACUCUCCUGAGCUUUCAGAGUCAGAAUAGUUUUUUGGCUGUUGUUUGAUUCAAAAUAGAAGCAUAUAGAUGAAGCAUUUAUAGCCUGUAACCAGAAACCACAGAAGCCAUUUUGUGAUUUACUUUUUGGUAUUCAGUUAUCGCUCUGUUAAUACACUGAGGACACUGAAUUUACUUACAGCCUUGAGGAAAGGAGGACACAUGACACCGACAUUACAGACAGAUGAUUCCAGUUUUAUUAUUAUUAUUUUUAAGUCAAUUAAAAUGAACACGAUUCAUUAUAAAUCCAGAUGACAAUAACAUAGCUGAAUUUAAAUGCGUGUGUGUACGUGUGUGUGUGUGUGUGUGUGUGUGAGUGAGAGAGAGAGAGAGAGAAACACUGCAAGUUGUAAGUUUGAAGAGGAACAGCAGUUUCAUAUUAAUGUCAUGUUAGUGGAGCGUAAAAUCAUCAUUUUAAAAUGUCUGAAAUAUUAAUACCAGCAACUAUUCUAGUAGAUGCACAUUAAGCACAGUGUCGUCAUGAUAACAUCAUACUGCAGUGCAGAUCUUGCCAAAAGCAAUAAAGUUGAUUAAUCAUGAACACAUAAGCUAUUCAGAUGUAUAUAAUAAUCAACAAUAAUUGAAGAUUCAAAACCAGCCAUUUUUUUUGGACUAGCUCAUUAUGAGGAAUGUGAGUGUAGCUAAUGUAAUGUGGUAAAUGUGUUAUAAUGCUUUUGAAAGUUAGUGCACAACAAAUUCCUUAUUUCUUCCUCCUCUCCUCCUCUUUUUAAUCACUCUAUCACCUUGCACCACGGGAGCUCUCAGGUAUGCGCUUCCACUGUAAGUGAACAGCAAGUCAUUACAUAAGCAAUAAUGAAGUAAACAAAUGCAAAACAUAUGUCUGUGGGGCAGCAAAGAGAAGCUUCAUUUUACAAAUACUCCUACAAAAUGUUUUGUAAAUGUAAUUGUGUAAUAUGUUUACAUAAAUCCCACUUAAACGCUCAAACAAUGUGUUUUUCUCAUUCAGCAGAAUGCGUUUUAAAACAUUCCCUAUUUGAAUGCUGUAGAAAAGGAGACCGUAAUUAUGGGUAACCGUUGAUGCACCUUUAAUACUGAAAGUCUUCAGUCUGUUAUUAAUGAUAUGCUGCACAAGAUAGUUCAUACUUGACCUUGAAAUAAGCCUUGAUUGUAGUUUCAUAUAGAAAUCUAACUGUGACAUUUCAAGGUGGUUACAUACUGAAAAUGGGAUUCACAAAAGAAAAUCUGGAGUUUUUUUUACAGCAAUAUAGGGUCCCAAUACAAGGUUCAAACUGAUUGAAAAGUUGAUGUAGUGUGAAGAGAUCAAAGGACGAGGGUGAUUGUUUAUUGAGCUUUUGGAUGCAUUCAGUUUUUCUGAUUGAAUCUGGCUUGCUUAUCAACGGCAUACUGCAGAGAGGUUCCACAAUUUUACAAUGGCUUUUCAAUAAAUCAUGUGACUUGCACAUGGUUCUCACACAUGUUGAGCUUAAAUUAUUAGCUUUUGUGUGAUAGAGAGGAAGUGUGUGACUGAGCCUGUGCAAAAAGUGUUCAUAUGUUUUCGUGU